CCGCUGGCUCAUUUUUUUUUUGUUGGGACCGCGGGCGCGCUGGCUUGGGGGACCCCUCCCGCUACCCUUCUGCCGUCCUUCCGCCUGCGCCACUUCGCACCUUCGCCCGCCAUGGCUCCGAAGGGCAUGAAGAGGCCUGCGGCCUUCGCGGCGGAGAUCACCACGGUCAAGAGGGCGCUGCUCAUGGGCGACAGCGGUGCCGCGCUUCUGGCGGGCAUGUGCUCGGACAGCCUCGGGGUGCCGAAGUCGGAGCGCCACGAGUUCCAGGCCUCCGCCGUGGACAUGAUCGCGGACGUCGUUGGGCCUCCUCAGCGACGGCUACAAGAAGAGCUGCGAGGAUCUCAAGGUUGA